UCUAGUUCUAGUUCUAGUUCUAGUUCUAGUUCUAGUUCUAGUUCUAGUUCUAGUUCUAGUUCUAGUUCUAGUUCUAGUUCUAGUUCUAGUUCUAGUUCUAGUUCUAGUUCUAGUUCUAGUUCUAGUUCUAGUUCUAGUUCUAGUUCUAGUUCUAGUUCUAGUUCUAGUUCUAGUUCUAGUUCUAGUUCUAGUUCUAGUUCUAGUUCUAGUUCUAGUUCUAGUUCUAGUUCUAGUUCUAGUUCUAGUUCUAGUUCUAGUUCUAGUUCUAGUUCUAGUUCUAGUUCUAGUUCUAGUUCUAGUUCUAGUUCUAGUUCUAGUUCUAGUUCUAGUUCUAGUUCUAGUUCUAGUUCUAGUUCUAGUUCUAGUUCUAGUUCUAGUUCUAGUUCUAGUUCUAGUUCUAGUUCUAGUUCUAGUUCUAGUUCUAGUUCUAGUUCUAGUUCUAGUUCUAGUUCUAGUUCUAGUUCUAGUUCUAGUUCUAGUUCUAGUUCUAGUUCUAGUUCUAGUUCUAGUUCUAGUUCUAGUUCUAGUUCUAGUUCUAGUUCUAGUUCUAGUUCUAGUUCUAGUUCUAGUUCUAGUUCUAGUUCUAGUUCUAGUUCUAGUUCUAGUUCUAGUUCUAGUUCUAGUUCUAGUUCUAGUUCUAGUUCUAGUUCUAGUUCUAGUUCUAGUUCUAGUUCUAGUUCUAGUUCUAGUUCUAGUUCUAGUUCUAGUUCUAGUUCUAGUUCUAGUUCUAGUUCUAGUUCUAGUUCUAGUUCUAGUUCUAGUUCUAGUUCUAGUUCUAGUUCUAGUUCUAGUUCUAGUUCUAGUUCUAGUUCUAGUUCUAGUUCUAGUUCUAGUUCUAGUUCUAGUUCUAGUUCUAGUUCUAGUUCUAGUUCUAGUUCUAGUUCUAGUUCUAGUUCUAGUUCUAGUUCUAGUUCUAGUUCUAGUUCUAGUUCUAGUUCUAGUUCUAGUUCUAGUUCUAGUUCUAGUUCUAGUUCUAGUUCUAGUUCUAGUUCUAGUUCUAGUUCUAGUUCUAGUUCUAGUUCUAGUUCUAGUUCUAGUUCUAGUUCUAGUUCUAGUUCUAGUUCUAGUUCUAGUUCUAGUUCUAGUUCUAGUUCUAGUUCUAGUUCU